AUGGCGUUACCCCAGCCUGCGGCGGCUGUAUCAAAUUCGGUCGACAAGCUACCUAAGAUUGAACUUGCUCAACAGCGGCUUGGCCAGCUCCAGGCUACACGGGAUGGUGUUACAUCUCCGGCAUCGAACGCUGAACGAUCAAAUCGGGAUGAGUCGACAGAGCAGCGGUCCAUAAUCGACUCUCUCAUUGCUGAUAUCGGCGCUCUUCCCAUUAUUGCAUGCUCAUACCCGUCUGCAGCAGAAGGCCCGACACUGUCAUCGCUUGUAUUAGCUACGGCCAGCACAAACCAACUCUCAUCUACUCUGCACUCGUUACAAGGCAGCGAUAAUACUCCUUGUCUUCCCAAAGAGUCAACCGCUUUAAGCCUGGCUAAGCACUACUUCGCGAACGUUUACCCACGUCUUCCCUUUUUCUCUAUCCAGGGCUUCUGGGUCCAGUAUGAGCAUGUCUUCUCCGGUGUUGGCGCACCUACUGAAGCCGAAGGUGUCUGCCCGCGAGAUCCCACCAGUGUUCUCUCACCAAGCGCAGCAGACCUUGAUUGUUCCUCUCUAAGCCAUGGGUAUAGCUACUUCACAAUUCUGCUAGUACUGGCGAUAUCAGCUUCGAGUCUUUCGCGCAGUGCUGACAGCGUAACCUCAACUCAAGCGCAGCGCCUCUUCCGCACAGCGCUGACAUUUCGAGAAUCUGCAAUUCUUCCCAAUACCAUCGUCGGCGUACAGUCGAUAUUAUUCCUCGUGCAGUUUGCCACCCUGAACCCUUCGCUUCUCGACGCUUGGUAUCUUAUCGGUGUUGGUAUGCGAAUGUGUGUUGACCUAGGUCUACAUCAAGAUCCACAACCUCUUGAUUCAGUCGCUACAAGUUUGCUGGAAACAAGGCGACGUCUUUGGUGGAGUAUGUACUCCUUCGAUCGUUCCAUGAGCUUGGGAUGCAGUCGCCCAACAGAAAUAUCCGACUCGGCCAUUAAUGUCUCUUUGCCUACGUUUAGAAUCGAAACCUCGGCUACGGUUGUUGAGGUUCACGGUUAUUUGCAGCGAUAUCGCGCUUUGCAGAUUCAGUCUGAGAUAUAUGUUUGCUUAAACAAAUCCCCAGGCUCAGACUCUAGCGAAACGCAGACACUCUUCGCACAACUCUGUCAGAAGCUGACUGAUUGGAAAGAAGCUAGCUCUCAGCUACCAAACAAAGCACUCAUAGAAAGCGAAUGGUUGAUGGGUCGUAUGCUUUUGUUGCGGCCUUGCCGGUUCUUGCCAGAUCGCACAAUGGACGAACUCAACGACCUUUGGAAAUCCACCACUGGAUUCAUUGGUCUUUACCGUCGCCUUGUGGAAUCCAACUCCAUCUUCUACGUUCAGAUUGCUUGUGAGAAAGUAUACUGGACUGGUCUAAUGGCCCUCUACAGCUAUUGUCAACUGCGUCGUAAUACUGCCAGAGAACACAACGAGUUACGUCCACUCGAUGUGUGGGUCAUGGUUAAGGAUGUCAUAUCCAUUCUGCGGGCCCUUAGCGAGCGUUGGGAACAGGGUAAACUCGUCUGUGGACGAUUCGACGUUAUUAGUACUCGCAUUCUAGAACUUUCAGAAGCUGCUUCGGAAGAGAACAUGGCGGUGGAAUUUCCGGCUGAAUUGCAACGUUUGGACCAAUAUACCAGUUUGACGGUCGUCUGGGCUUCAAACGACAAAGUGCUGACACAAAGAAAUGCCGUUGUGCAAGAUACAAAUGACCUUCGGCAACUAGUUUCAGAAAUGCUGUAG